AUGUCUGCAUAUACUGUGGCUAAAAAUUUACGAGAUUUAGCAAUACAACCGCAAAAUCGUGUUGCAAUUGUAAAGGAUCAGGGAUGCCUUCCAGGAUUGGUUUUAUUUCUAGAUAACGAUGAUCCUCGUGUAGUAGUAUUGGCGUUAGAGGCACUACGUUAUCUAUCACUAUGUCCAUCUAACCGUACUCCUAUGAGAAGUGAAAUUGGUAUGUUGGUUAGCUUGAAAGCUAUUAUGAAUAGCAAAGAUCAGAAAGCUUGCCAGCUUGCUAGCGAAAUUCAUACUACAUUAGUCCCAACCACUAGGAAUACUCGCAGUCGUAGGGCCGGUGCCACUUCUGGACAGUAUUUUCUAAGCAAUGCAAAUAAAAAUGCACGAACAAUAAUAUUGCAAAUUUCUGGCUUAACUGAUAGUGCUAGCAGAUUUAAAUGUGAACAGAGAUUGCUUGCUACUCCUGGAGUAGUAAGUUUUACUUUUGAUUUAGUCAAAAAACGCUGCAUCUUACGAGCUCGUCCAAACCUUAAAAUAGAGACAAUAUGCCAAGCUGUUGCUGAAACUAAGACCAUGACGGCGCAACAAAUUGUCAAAAAUGACAUGGGAGAAGAGAAUGCUAUGCCAGAUUAUUUACCAGAAGAUGAUGAUAGUACAACAAUACAAAAGGGAGCCGUCGCACGAAUUGAUGAUAACAACGGAAAUGGCAAUGGUUGGAUUAGUAGUGUUACUAGUUUUAUCAGUAAAUCGUUUUAUUGGUAA